AAGCGUCGCCGGCGUUGCGCUAAGCCCGCUUACCGUCACCGGACGACAUCAUUCCCUGUGCUAAAGUACCGUGGGAUAUAUCGUGGCUUCCCUGUGAACUUUGUUGCUUCUCUUUUGGGGUGGUGUCGCACCAGGAAGGAGGAUCUGGCGGGUGGUGCUGAUAAAAAAAAAAGACUGUCGAUAAGAAAGCUGGUGCGUGACAAGAAGGUCUUGUGUGGUGCCUGAAAAAGAUCGAUAAUUGGAAUUCGUUCAAGAUGAACUGGAAGCUGAUCAGGAUAAUUGCGGUUGGUACCGUCCUGAUUAUAGCGGGUGUCCUGCUCUAUCUACUUCUGAAGAAAGACAGCACAGCAUGCUACCCGUCGAGACGCGAUGUGACGUGUUACCAUGACAAUCCAAGGCCGUACCGCUAUUACAGCACAAAGACAGAUUACAGGGUUCUGGUGGAAGACCAAAAGCUCAACAAUGUUGCAGAAUUUGUUGUACCUGGUUGCAAGGCACACGCAUUAUUCCUGUUACAACGGCAUACCACCCGGUACCCGGAUCGUGACAAUAUCAUAGAAAUGGGAGAUGGACUUCCCAGGGUCCUUAGUGCCAUCCAGGAUGCUUUUAAAGACAAGAAGACCCACAUCUGCCCAAAAGACGUGGAAAGGUUAGGAAACUGGACGCCCAGUUUCGUCCCGGACGAUGACAACCGGAUAUCCAAAUCGGGCGAAGAUGUUGUCUUUGAGCAAGUUCGCAGGUUCAAGAAGCGGUUCCCAACGCUCUUUGAAAAGCCCUACGACCCGAAAGACUACACGGUAGGGUUCACUAGUCGAAACCGGACGUUGGAGACAGCAAAGGCAUUUCUUCGAGAACUACUGACCAAAGAAGACUACGAAAGAGCCGUAAAUAACCUCGGCGGCCCUCAAGAUGCACUUCUGCAGUUCCACAAGGAAUGUAGUAAACGGCAAAAGAAAAAAAAGUUGGCAAAUGACAAGGCAACUGAAGAGGUUGAAAAGUUUGAAAAGGGAGCAUACAUGAAGGCUCUUCUGGACACUGUUUCCUGGAGGCUCGGAGUCAGCAUCAACAGAACCUCGCUGAAGAUGAUAACCAGAGCCUGCAUGUUUGACUAUGCAAUUCUGAACGACUCCCCCUGGUGCACGGCGCUCACGGAGGACGAUUGGAAGGUCUUGGAGUUCAGAGAAGACCUAGACGACUAUUAUAAGGACGGUUACGGAAGGGAACUCAACUAUGCUCAGGCGUGCCCCGUCGUCAGAGAGCUUAUCUACAGGCUAAGGAAUGCGUCGGAAGUUCCAGAUCAACCGACAAAGAUGCUCUACUUCUCGCAUGCCGGCGGAUUCAAGAAAGUGGUCGCGCGGAUGGGUUUCCUCCGCGACGAGUCGCCCCUGCGAGCCGACCAGUACUGCGGGCAGACAUCCCGCAAGUGGCGUUCGAGCUACAUGUGCCCUUUCAAUGCCAACCUGGCCUUUGUACUCUACAAGUGCAGUGGUGCGGAGGACGAUGUGGUCGCCACGUUUCUCAACGAACAGCUUCAGCAAGUGCCCGGGUGUCCGUCCAUGCACUGUCCGCUGAAGACGUUCGUGUCCCUCUACGGAAACGUCGCGGAGACGUGUUCGUUCGACGACAUUUGUGGCCUCGAGUAGUAUAGUGUGACGGGAGUGUUCUAGGUGCUCAAAUAAUUUCUCAGGAAGAUGUACAAUGUUGCCAGACCCACUUUGUGGGUGGGCGCAAAAAUUGUCCCGUUUGCGACGCUGCACUAUUGAUAAAGAAAUAUAGGUACUACAAUUACCUUGCCACUUUUGUGUCGAAGCUUCUAAGUCUAGAUGUGCAGGGCCACCUGUAAAGAAUCGCUGUGAGAUGGUUGAUACGCAUUUUAGUGGCAUCGUAUGCACAGAACUUGCGCAAGUAAGCGUCAGGGUCAUUGUCACGUCACACAUUUGUGAGUUUGAAGACAGUUGGAAAACUUCAAUCUUUUUAUUUAUUUAAUAAUUCUUCUACUUUAAGUUGGACAAAGUUGGAGACUGAAGAUGCAUAUCUGAUGAAGUGCAGCAAAAGCAAACCAACGGGCAUUAUCGUUGUCAGCCAUGUUUCAUAGUACCAAUUACACGUUGCCAUACUGUGUGCCAGUCAUGAACAAAGAACUAAUUAUGUAGAUCAAGCCCUGUAAGCCAAGGCUAUACAGUCAAACUCCUUUACAACGAAGCUCAGGGGACAGCAAAAAAAGUUCGCAGUAAAGCUAUUUUCGUUAAAAAGGAUGUCCAUUAUUGGACCUAUAGGCUCCAGCGGGACCGCAAAAAAAUUUCGCUGUAGUGGUAUUUUCGUUAAAAAGGUGUUCGCUAUAAAGGAGUUUGACUGUAAUAUAUUCUUUGAACGUUUCAUUGCAGUGUAUGAUAACAUUUUACCACCACAUUUUACCAUACUGGUCGCGUGGCUCAGCAAGUAGCAAGGUUUUCCAUGACGUGCUUUUCCCCUUUUUUCUUCUUUUCUCAUGCUUGGGAGAGCUGUAGCUGCUUCUUAAUGUGAGCAAUGUCCAAAAAACAAGAUAGAGGCAGAAAUCGUUUUGCACGCUGUCAACUACCUUUUAUGAACAGUCUUGAAAAGUGGAAAAUUUUGUGAUCUGGUGAAGGUAGAUCAGUGAUUUAUCCAUACCCCCCUACCCACCCCAACUCCCCCUUGAACGUUCGGCAACACCCCCCUUUUCGACCUGUGCACCCCCAAUGGGGGGGACCCUGCUAUGUCAGCUUUAGAAACAUGUCAGUAAUGAUAUGUAAAGCUGUUAUGACAUAACUGUAAUUAUGACCCCCGCCCGUGCUUGGGCUUCUGAAAGUAACACUGUGGUAGAUUGAACCAGAAGCCUUGGGUCUACUCCCAACAGCCAUAGCGAUGGGGGGGGGGGGGGGGGGGGCGAGAGGGGCAGCCACCCUGGGCGCCCUCGUCAGAGGGGGCGUCGAAUGGCAAGCCCUGGCAGGUUGGCUGGACACUAUAGAGCGGGAAUGAAGAGAAUUUGAAUUUACGAUCUCGGCAGUGCAAAUAAGCGUUUUUCUUUUCUUUGUUUACAGAGCUUGUGAUUGAAGUGAGGGAGGGGAUUGUGUCCAGAAGUACAGAAGCUAUAAACACCCUUUGAGCACAUUUCUGUAGCAAGCAUAGUUUACAGAAAAAAGGAAAGUAUAUUGAGAAAAACGCCGUUGCUGCUUGCGUGAGAUUUGUGCUCCCUGCUGUCUAGAGUUAACACUCGGUUGCUUGGAGCCUUCCAGCAGUGCCUUUGCAGAGGAUGAUCCGUGUUUCAAAGUCCCGCAAUGACUAACGUGACUUAAUUAUGAUAUCCGGAAUAAUACUUGUAACAGAUUAAUAUUCGUGCACAAUAAUGUUAUAGGAUGCAGUAUUUUAUGAUAUGAAUAUUUUGAUAUCAGAUAUCAUCCCUAUGACCAGCACUGUUAUUCUGCUAGCAAUCAGUACGCGCCUCCGAAUAAAUCAGUUUUUGAAAGAA